AUGUCUCUAUGGAGAGGAAUAGUUGUCUUGGCAUUAUUCUGUUUUUUCGCUAAUCUUCCUACCGUUUCAAGUACCUCAAAUCCAAAACCAAGUUAUUUUAUUGGUGGAUUUGGUAGAAAGUUGAGUGAACUGCGUCAAGACUGUCUUGGWGUUGAACAAAUACAAAAAGAAAUCAACGAAAAAGUCAAAGUUGCCGAGCUGUUUGAUGGASAGAAGCUGAUAAGAAAGAUAUCAUCGGUUAUAAGAAAACGUUUUACUGAAAGAAUUGAUGCUUUACAUGAACUGAAGAAAGGAGUUGAAGAAGACUACGCCAGGACAUCGGGAGGCGAGCAACUCCGUUGUUGCAAGCUGAAUUCAACAACGAUCAAGUACAACUCUCGGUUUAAGACKAAGGUCGACCCAGGACACUUCUGUGAAUUGAGGUCCCAACGUUCUUAUGAAGAUGCGAGAGGACUGGGUGAUAACGUYAUGCAAGCAAUGUACCAAAACUUGAAGAAGAACCAUCGUCUAAAAUGGCAGUACUUCGGGUCAGCSGAAGGUGUAACGACAAUUUUCCCAUCAAGCCCUGCAAAGACUUGCGGUAGUUAUGACAACCGCGUUAGGCCAUGGUACAUUAACACUGCAAGCCCGGUCAGCAAAGAUAUUGUCAUAGUCCUUGAUACCAGCACUUCCAUGGCUACACCUGUUACCAUAGAAAKCAAAACAUCGACSAUWCUGGACGUUGCUAAGGAYGCAGUUAAUURGCUUUUGAGUACCCUUCUACAGCACGAUCAGYUUGGUGUGGUGRUAUUCAGCAGUAAAWRAACAUUACCAGGAAAUAACAGCACUGAUGCAUGCUACAGUGAGCGGCUGGCKUUUGCCAGUGUCUUGAAUGUCAACCGUCUCAAGAAGUUKAUCAAUGAAGCGGAAAGUCGAGGGGGGACCCUCUACCAACGAGGCUUUGAGGCUGCCUUUAAAUUAUUAAAGAAUACUCCAGGCACAGGGAACCCAACUCGACAGUCCAUUAUUCUCUUCAUCACYGACGGCCCACCAAACGACGUGAAGACCUCUCUCAUUAAAUCGGUACAAAACAUCAAAGCUAACACAAAGGUAUCCAUUGUAACAUAUGGUAUCGGUAACAAUUACAAGAUGASAAGKUUUUUGAAAAGACUUUCCAAGGAGGCYGGUACAAUCAAUAAUCACGUGGAGAGUGUAGCUGACCUUGGCGCUGAGUUGACCUCAUACUACAUGCAUUUACACCAUGCCCAGGCUAAAAAAGCUUACAUCGUGUCCCCGCCUUACAUGGGCGCGUGGGGAUUGGGUGUCUUGAUCACCAUCGCAAUGCCGUGCGCUCGUAAUGGACAAUUCAAGGGGGUAGCUGGCAUUGACAUCACACUUCCUGAUCUCAUCUCAGAGAUACAAUACUUCAGCCAAGCAGGACCAGAUUCGUACGCAUUUAUUGCGCAUAAGAAUGGAAAUGUUUUAAGUCAUCCUCUCAUGCCUCCCCCGGAAACCAUCACKAAGGACCCAAACCUUGUACACAUCCUGUCACUGGAACAGGGAGAAGGUUUUGAGAAGUUAUUCGAGCAAAUGAAAAAUUCUAAAGAGAGCAGCGUCCACGAUGUUAUGAUAGUUGGUCAGCGGCGUCCUAUAUCACGUGGUGGUACCAUUGAAGACGGUAUACAAGAAAUAACAAUGAACUACCACUAUUACUGCAGCAAGGUUUUGGYKUAUGUUGCUUGUGUUGUAUUAGCUGAAGCCGAUGUUGAGAUGAACAUUGAGGAUACUUCAGAUAGCCAAGUCGCCUAUCAUCGCAUGGAUCUUGUCCCACAAGGAGACAUUUGCUACUAUGCUGAUUCAGUCUCCUAUAAAGGAAAGUCUGUGGUUCAAUUCAACGCCAAAGCAUUCCAUACACCAUCAGAAUAUCUGGACGUCAAUGAAAUACCAUCUAAUAUAACGAGUUAUCUAAAAUACAUCAACCACGGCAAGGGAACGUCYAUGUUUAAAAYUGGAAUWGRUCAWACGGRAAAGACGAGUGGUUURCUUGACAAACUUUGGAUUCAAACUGGCCGACAGGAAUACUUCACUCAAGUUCCUAGAAGAUUCUUUGGAACUUUCAAUGGCGUCCUAAGGUUCUUUCCUGGAGAACCACUGCCGUCGACAUACGACCAUACAGACCGCCAUUGGUACCUUAAAGCUACAUAUCAACCCAACAAAUUGACGAUUACCACUCCARACCGUGAUCCUCUAGGAGCUGGGAUUAUUGUCACAGUAAGCCACUCUAUCACCAUGCCAACAAAAGARACUAACGUCAAGACAGUGUUCGGCGUGGUUGCCGCUGACCUAACCAUAUCCUACUUAGAUGUUCUCAUUAAGAACGAGCUUGGCUUCCGGUGCAAGGACACCAAGACAACGACGUGCUUUUUGAUAGAUACCGCUGGCUAUGUAGUAUUUCAUCCUCGCUUUGUCCAGCGGAAUGUUUAUGACGACGUUGCCAUAGUGAAGAGUAAACACAUUGCUGAAAUACAUGGACAAAUAGCAAGUCGUCUCAUCAGAAAUGGUUUAAUGAAGAAGAAAAAAUGCCAGAAUUUUCCAGAAAGACGUCUUCAAAUAUUUUACAAGGUCGACGUUCCGCAACAAGGGAUUGUUUACAACACACAGCAAUCACCAGGACAUUGUGACACGUUCGCCAUCACACCYGUUCCCAAGACUAACAUCUUCGUGGUUGCAGCGUUCAGUAAUUCAUACUCGAAGUGUUACGAUAGRGCUGCUUGUCAUUGUAAGCCUUCUUGUAGCGCUGCUUCAAAUCAUUCUUUUUGUGAAUGUCCAUGUACGCAACGACUGGACUUCCAUUACUGCGGCGAUACACUAAAGAAAACGAGAAUCCCAUCAUGCACCCCUCCAUCUUCCAAAGUCGUUACACGUCCACCUCUGCCACCAAACGCCGUUGAUCUGCCAAAAUGUUUCGACUCCCAAUGUGAAGAGCAUGUUAGCGAAGGAUCGUGUCGUAAAACAUUUGGUUGUAGUUGGUGCAGGUGGGAAGAGACGAGAGACCUUGACGUACCUUUCUGUACGUACGAUAAUGAAUGCUACGGGGGAAUUCGUGGAAGGAAGAACCCAUUCCUGCGCGUUCUUCAGACAAAACAAAUAAACACUACCCUUAGCGUACGUCAAAAGACUACAGGAACUGAGAAACAAAAAUCUAUAGUUAUAGGUGGGAUAGUAACAUCUUUACUACUGUUUAUCGCCAUUACUAUUGGCUACUAUUCCUAUAGUAAGAAAAAAGCCUUAGAUGAAAAACCUGAAGUGCAUGACGGGUAUUUUAACGAGACCCAAAUGCAUGAUGGGAUGUAUCCACAGGGAUACCAAGAAGGGUAUGUAUUUGAAGGAGAAGGGUAUAUUGAACAAGAACCACAGGGUUAUGAAGAAUGCGAUGGAUCUGAGGCACAAGGAUAUACUGGAGAAUACCUUGGGCAAGACCAGGAACAAGAAUAUUACUUUGGAGAACAACUAUUACCAGAGAAUGAAAUGUUUGACGACUUUUAA